AUUGCAGAAAGCCCCAGGCUGCUCGCGAGUGUGGAGGAAGCAGACACCUCCCAGGGCCGGGCGGCGGGGACCCAGCCUGGGCGCCCAGGGAGGAGGAACUGUUCCCAGCGGGGCGCAGGUGGGACGCAGCGGGGCCGACGUCGCCGCCCGGGUUCGGCGCAGCGGUUGGGCUGGGACCGGGCGGUGCGGGUCUGGACCGCCGGAACCAAUCUGCGGGCUGCGCGGCGUCCUAGCAACGGGAAGACGCGGCGGCAGGGCUACAGUACUCUUCUGCUCUGGCCUUCUGGAUUGUCAGGCCCAGUUUACCUUUGGGCUUCUGCUAAGCAGCCUUGUUGAGUAAAGCCAGCCCCUUGUUGUGAUUCUGGGACCAAUUGAAACACAUUCAAGGAUGCCUGGAGGUCACAGCAGACUUCCUCCUGCUUGGUAGGUGCAGUCCUACUCAGGACAUUUUCCAUCGUUGGUCCUCCUUACUGAAUGCCAGUGAUGUCCCCUUCCCAUUGUUCUGAGUGUGUGUGAGCUCAGACCCGAGGGGGAUUAGUGGAAACCAUGGGUUUGGCGCUGACAAGACUGGGGCAGUGGACAGCAGCCGGCUACAGGACGGGGACCCUGGAGCUCACCCCGCUGAAUGAAGUAUUACUGCAGGAGAUCACUAUAUUUGUGGAGCAUUUUAUUUAUGAUCACCCCCAAGAAGCUAAAUUUGUUUUUGUAGAACCACUUGAGUGGAAAACAAAUUUGGAGCCCUCAGCCUUUGAAUCAGGUUAUAUUGUCAGUGAAACAACAGUCAGUUCAAAAGAAGUUGAUAAAAAUGGACAGCCUUUACUAUUUCUCUCUGUACCGCAAAUUAAAGUGAGGAGCUUUGGGCAGCUGUCACAGCUGGUAUUUGCUGCCAAAGAUGCAAAGCUGAAGGAGGCUCAAGCUUGUAUUGAAGCUAACAGAGACCCUGUCGUAAAAAUCCUGGGCUCAGAUUACAGUACAAUGAAAGAAGACUCCGGUGCCUUAAAUAUUCUUCAUAAAAUCACUAAUGGUGAUGACGUCGAAAAUGAGACGAAGACGAACAUUGCCCUACUGCUGAAGCAACUGGAUCUGCACCUUCUCAAUGAUACCCUAAGACGUAUUUCUCCACAAACACGUUUAAAUCCGGUGCCUGUUAAGGAUGAUACAGAGCUUCUCAAAAGCUUCUGGGGAAAAGGAGAACAGUCAGUCUUGGAAUCCACUGAAUUCACCUCAGAUCGCGGGUUUUCGUUUUCGGACGGCUGCGGGGAGAUGCGCUACGUCUGGGCGAAGCCGGGCGACGCCGAGGCCCCGUGCGUGACGUGCGGCGCGCAGGGCGUGCUCUUCCCUGGGGGUAGAACUGAUGAUGAGGGGAAAAUUGAUUAUGAGACAAAAGGCGAAGUUUAUAAAGACCUUGUUACAUUUUUAAAAGAAAAAUUGGGAAAAUUUUCAGAAAAUAUGUCUAAACAGGAGAUUAGAUUCAGUGAAGAGCAACAAAAGAACCAGACUGAUGAGGUACCUAAGAAGGAAGAAGCAGAUGUCAUCUGUAAAGCUGUGUCUGGUACAGACAAGAGUAAACUGGAGAAGAACCAGAUUAACUUUGGGAAGAGUCAGAUGGCCAGGAGAUUGGAGCCAAGCCUAAACUGGAGGACCACUGUGGACAGAAAAAAGAGGAAGAAGCGCAGUGGCCGUAGUGGAGAGCAGCGAGCACCAGAGGGGAGGUGUCGAGUGAGGGACUCACACGGCGAUGGCAAAGAAAUGCAGGACAGAACGUUUCCUCAUGAGCAAAGUGCAUGGCUGUGCUUGAGGGACAAAGAGGCAUCGUCAAGUGUCCGCCGAAAAAUCUCAGUAAAGGAGAGCCAAGAAGAAAAACGCAGAGGAAAACUUGGGAAGACCAGAGCAUCUGUCUCAUCUGGAAGAGCACAGUUGUCGUGUAAGAGUGUUGACAAGGCUGAGGAAACUAUUAGUGAGAGUUCCUCAGAGAGUGAAGAAGAUGAAGAACCACCUGAUCAUCGCCAGGAAGCUAAUGCCGAUUUGCCGUCAGAAUAUUGGCAAAUUCAGAAGCUGGUAAAAUAUUUAAAGGGAGGAAAUCAGACGGCCACAGUGAUUGCGCUGUGUUCCAUGCGGGACUUCAACCUAGCUCAAGAGACCUGUCAGCUGGCGAUCAGGGAUGUGGGAGGCCUGGAAGUUUUAAUAAACUUACUUGAUACAGAUGAAGUCAAAUGUAAGAUUGGCUCAUUAAAAAUCCUGAAGGAAAUCAGUCGUAACCCUCAAAUCCGGCGUAAUAUUGUUGACCUUGGGAGCUUACCAAUUAUGGUCAAUAUACUCAGUUCUCCCUACAAGACUCUGAAGUGUCUGGCAGCUGAGACCAUUGCAAAUGUCGCCCAGUUCAAGCGAGCCCGCCGGUUGGUGCGACAGCACGGGGGUAUCACCAGACUGGUUGCCCUGCUGGACUGUGCCCAGAAUUCAGUGGAGCCUGCUCAGUUGAGUCUGUAUGAAACCAGAGAUGUGGAAGUGGCCCGCUGCGGGGCACUGGCUUUAUGGAGCUGCAGUAAGAGUUACUCCAACAAAGAGGCCAUUCGUAAGGCGGGGGGCAUCCCUCUGCUGGCGCGGUUACUGAAGACAUCCCACGAAGACAUGCUCAUUCCAGUGGUGGGCACGUUGCAAGAAUGUGCAUCCGAGGAAAACUACCGAGUGGCAAUCAAAGCAGAAAGGAUCAUUGAAAACCUGGUGAAGAACCUAAAUAGCGAGAAUGAGCAGCUGCAGGAGCACUGUGCCAUGGCCAUUUACCAGUGUGCUGAAGACGAGGAAACCCGCGACCUGGUUAGGCUGCACGGAGGACUCAAGCCCCUGGCCAGUCUACUCAGUAACACCGACAAUAAACAGCGCUUGGCCGCCGUCACAGGGGCGAUAUGGAAAUGUUCCAUCAGCAAAGAGAAUGUGACCAAGUUUCGGGAGUACAAAGCCAUUGAGACGCUGGUGGGACUUCUAACCGAUCAGCCCGAAGAAGUGCUUGUGAAUGUCGUUGGGGCUCUGGGAGAAUGCUGCCAAGACUAUGAAAACCAAGUCAUCGUGCGGAAGUGUGGCGGCAUUCAGCCACUCGUGAACCUCCUUGUGGGAAUAAACCAAGCUCUUCUGGUGAACGUCACCAAAGCCGUGGGUGCUUGUGCAGUGGAGCCGGAAAGUAUGGUAAUAAUUGAUCGCUUAGAUGGAGUUCGCUUGUUGUGGUCCCUGCUGAAAAAUCCUCACCCUGAUGUGAAGGCCAGCGCAGCGUGGGCCCUCUGUCCCUGCAUCCAAAAUGCAAAGGAUGCUGGAGAAAUGGUUCGUUCCUUUGUUGGUGGUUUGGAACUUGUUGUCAAUUUAUUGAAAUCGGAUAACAAGGAAGUUUUAUCAAGUGUGUGUGCUGCUAUUACCAAUAUAGCAAAAGACCAAGAAAACUUGGCUGUUAUUACGGACCACGGAGUUGUACCUUUGCUGUCCAAGCUGGCAAAUACAAAUAAUGAUAAACUGAGGUGUCACCUGGCAGAGGCGAUUUCACGUUGCUGUAUGUGGGGCAGAAACAGAGUGGCCUUUGGUGAACACAAAGCAGUGGCUCCAUUAGUGCAAUACCUGAAAUCGAACGACACCAAUGUGCAUCGAGCCACGGCACAGGCCUUGUACCAGCUCUCGGAAGAUCCCGAUAACUGCAUCACUAUGCAUGAGAAUGGAGCAGUGAAGCUUCUUCUAGACAUGGUGGGGUCCCCGGAUCAGGAGCUCCAGGAAGCGGCGGCUGGCUGUAUAUCCAACAUCCGCAGGCUGGCGCUUGCUGCAGAAAAGGCAAGAUACAAUUGAAAUUUGAACAGAAAUGCCAAGCUACCAAAUUUUACAUGACACAGGACAUUCAUUCCCAUGGCCAGGAAGCCUAAACUGGGAAGCAUUUAUGAGCAAAUACUUUAAAUAGUCUAAGUGAAAAUACAUGGAUUAAAAAUGCAAAUAAAGCUUUCAUCUGGAAACCACAUGAGUAUUUUUGUUCUAUGAUAUGCCACAUAAUGCAAUGUAAAGCCAAUAAAUUUGUGAUAAUUUUCUAAUAACUUGAGAAUAUAUGUAUACGGUGUAUGUAUAUAAAUGAUGCUUUUGUAUUUGUGAUUUUAAUAAAGAAUAUGGCUUUCCCAGGGUGCAGUUUCCUAGCUGCGCAUGGAUGGCUUUAGAAUCCCUUUUCUGUUAAA